AUGGGACAAGGACCAUCGAACCCUGGAGAUAAACAAAACAAGAAAAAGAAGGACGAGAAGCCCAAGUAUGAGCCUCCUGUGUCGACAAGGACUCACCGCAAGAAGAAGAAGAAAGGCCCUGAUUCUGCGGCCAAGCUGCCUGCGGUUUACCCAACAACUCGCAGCAAGCUUAAACUUUUGAAGAUGGAACGUAUUAAGGACCAUUUGCUUUUGGAAGAAGAAUUUGUACAAAACCAAGAGCGCCUCAAGCCCACAGACGACAAGAUUGCAGAGGAGCGGGGUAAGGUGGAUGAGAUGCGAGGAUCACCCAUGUCUGUUGGCACUUUGGAGGAGAUUAUUGAUGAUGACCAUGCGAUUGUUUCGACAUCUUCAGGUCCUGAGUAUUACGUGUCUAUCCGGUCGUUUGUGGACAAGGACUUGCUUGAACCUGGAACAAGCGUGCUGCUACACCACAAGUCUGUGUCAAUUGUGGGAGUUUUGCAGGAUGAUACGGACCCUAUGGUUUCAGUAAUGAAGCUGGAUAAGGCACCGACAGAGUCAUAUGCGGAUAUUGGUGGGUUGGAGUCACAGAUUCAAGAGAUUAAGGAAUCUGUGGAGCUGCCGUUGACACACCCGGAGUUGUAUGAGGAGAUGGGUAUCAAGCCUCCUAAGGGUGUGAUUUUGUAUGGUGCACCUGGUACUGGUAAGACGCUUUUGGCGAAGGCGGUGGCGAACCAAACUUCUGCGACGUUUUUGCGAAUUGUUGGGUCUGAGUUGAUUCAAAAGUAUUUGGGUGAUGGUCCACGACUGACACGACAGAUUUUCCAGAUUGCAGCGGAGCAUGCGCCAUCGAUUGUAUUUAUUGAUGAGAUUGAUGCGAUUGGCACAAAGCGUUAUGAGUCGACAUCUGGUGGUGAAAGGGAGAUUCAACGAACAAUGUUGGAAUUGUUGAACCAGCUGGACGGGUUUGACGACCGAGGUGAUGUGAAGGUGAUUAUGGCUACUAAUAAGAUUGAAUCUUUAGAUCCUGCGUUAAUUCGUCCUGGUAGAAUUGACCGUAAGAUUUUGUUUGAGAAUCCUGAUCCUGCUACAAAGCGUAAGAUUUUACAGAUUCAUACAUCGAAGAUGAGUCUUGCACAGGAUGUGGAUUUGGAGGAACUUGUUUCAGCUAAAGAUGACUUGAGUGGUGCUGACAUUAAGGCCAUUUGCACAGAGGCUGGGUUGCUUGCAUUAAGAGAGCGCCGAAUGAAGGUGACGAUGGAAGAUUUCCGGAGUGCUCGGGAGCGGGUUCUUAAGAAUAAGAUUGAAGAGAAUCUUGAGGGGUUGUACUUGUAA